AUGAAGAUUUUCUUCGCAACAUUACUUCUUGGAGCAGUUUUAGCCGAUUUUACUCCCGAUUUUUCAUCAUUCCUAGCUAGUUAUUAUGGGCCACAAGUGAGAGACCAGAUGGAGCGGCGAGACCUUGGGCCCAAAGGUUCAUUCGGUGGGAAGGCUGACCGAAAGCAGCGACUAAAGAACCAGCCCAUCGUUUUCGUACAUGGAGUCUCGGAUACUGCUGGUGAAAAGAUGAAGCAAGCGGCCAACUGGUUCAAGUCAAUGGGUUACCAAAACAAUGAGCUUUAUUCUACUACGUAUUUCAAUGGAGCCCAGGGCAAUCCACUGAAAUGGGUCGAAUAUGGUAUGCGGUGUGAGUACGUUAAACAGGUACGAGCUUUGAUCGUCGCCACACGACUUUAUACUGGUCGAGCGCUUGAUGUAAUCGCUUUUUCACUGGGUGUUCCGGUUUCCAGGAAAGCCAUUUUGGGAGGUCGUUGCGUUGACUCUGGUGAAUACCUCGGUGGCCCUCUGACCAAAUUCAUUGACACCUUUGUUGGAGUCGCAGGACCAAACCAUGGCAUCGCCCUGCAGGUGGGAGGUGUGGCGAUUCCCGGAUGUGUUUUCAGUGUCAUACCUGUUUGUAAUCAAGUAACCGGGCUCUACUCCGGAUUAUGUCCAAGCGAAAGCGAAUUCCUCCAGGACAUAAAUCUUCAAGCGGGCUAUGAAGGUCAACACAUUUUCACUAUUCACUCCAAAAAGGACCAAAUAGUUGGUCAUAUUGUCUGUGGGAAGGUUAGUUUCUCAACAUGA